AUGGACGCUGGAACUAUUUUUGAUGAACGACCGCGAGCGGAAACUCUACCGCACAUUUUGUCUGGUAUAAACAUGGAGUACAUUGGUGAGACUCAUCAAGCUCUGGAGCAAGAACUCGACUACCAAACAUACCUUGAGGAUGAAUUAAAAAAUUGCGUUUCAAGGGGACUAUGCUCUGAGCAGGAUGCAAGUAAUCUCCAGACUCUCAUCAACAUCAAUCGAGAGCACUUGGAUUUCCUCUCCCCCAUCACCAGUCUGGAACACAUGUUUUCUUCAGCAGAAAAUCAUGUUGCGAAGCAAGAGCUUGAGAAACUGCGUGGUAAGGAGAUGGUCCAAAAAGUUUCAGAUCGUGCAGUGGAUCUUGUGAACGUUCAAUGCAGCCCAUCAUUUUGGGACCGUUUCUACUACAACUGUGACCACUUCCUCAAGUCUCUUCAAAAAAGAGCUGAAGUAAAUUAUAACCGCUACAAGGACAUUGAUGUUGAAUACCCGUCGAUUACCACUACUCGUCUUAACUCUUACAUAACCGAAGGUCUUUUCAAGUUUCAAUCCCUAGCCUCAGAAGUAUUGCGAAUUCUGGACAAGGCACAGCAUGUGAAUCCAGUGUACCUACGAGUACGGGGACUGAAUCGUCCGGUUUCGGGUAUAAUGCUCUGUGACUACUCUACCAAGAACUUCGGUCUACGUGCAGGCCAGCAUGUCUACGUCCUGGACAAUGCAUACGUAACACCAUUGAAUACCAAUUCAGAGACAACAGACGCUUCAGAAACCUCCGAAUGUAGCACAUGCUCCCCUUACUGUAGCCUUCAUAAUCGUCCAGGCUGUGAGAUUUGCGGAAUGCCAUUGUCCACCACCACAGGAACAACAAGCGCGACAGAUGUGGAGGAAGCGGAGUUGGGGAUGGCAGCGGAGGAGGACAUACACAGAAAGCGUCAGAGAAAUCUUAGUGAUUGCUCAACAGCCACUGGAACUGUUGGUGGUCCCAGUGAUGUGUCCAUCACUACCACCCCACCUGGAUGCACUCACACUCUCUGCAGUCAACGCGAGCCCGUAAUGUGGAAGGUCCGUACCAUGGAUGGCAGCCUAACCGUCGAUGUACCAGCUGUUACAGUGAUGAUUAAUGAGCAUGAUGAAGAGGCCAUCAGCCAUGCCUACGAAAUUUACGACUUCUUUGCCAACAUGUGGAGGGAAGCCAUUGACAUUUGGCUAACAAAGGGCGUGAAAGCACUUUCUUCAUACUUUUCAAGUCUCAUUGAGGCUAAGUAUAUCCAAUUGGAAAGUGAAAGAACUUUUGAGCAAUUUUUGGAGGAAGUUGAAAGAGCUUUUCCGUGUGAGGAUCCAGAGAGUGGAACAGCGAAUAAAGUCCUCAAUGAAAUGAUUGCCACGUUGAAGGAAAAAAUACGUCUUCAGGACACUUGCGAAGAAACCACCGAAUUAAUGUACGUAAAGGUCACCGAAGUGGCAUCGUACCGAAAAACCGUUCAGAAGUUGAGAGAUCAUGUCAACCAAAUCAAGCGCUUCAUGAAGGAUAUUGAGGAAAAUUCCAGACAGGACAUUAUCGACGAAACAACCAUGAAAUCUGUUGGAGACCUAAAAUACGUCUACGAAGAGUCGGUAGAGCAACAUAAAAAACUAGAGAAAAUGCUCCGUCAAGUAAAUGCCUUCCGAGCUCACCAACAUUCUCCGAGGAUUCCAGUUCAUAAAAUUCACAGCAUCUUCGGUGAGUAUUAUUCUUCGUCAGAGGAGAUUACUAGCGAAUCUGAAACAAGUGAUUCGCAGUACAACGUUGAAAAAGACAAGAGUUUUUCGCCCCAUGAAUUUGAGAUAUGUAGUAGGGAUGAAACUCAUCGGACGGCAGCUCUUACUAAUAGAUCACGAUUUAUCAGAAAGCCACAUCGAAAAGCCGUCAUCCCGGGAGUUGAUGACUUAAUGACAGAAUCCAGUGAUGAGGCUGACGUCGUUGGACUUCGCAGAACGGGUAAACUCCAUAACAAACCAACUUCCGAAAGAUCUGGUGAACAGGUGUUGGAGGUAGUUGAGAAGGCUAAGGAUACAGUGAUUAGUUCAUUGACACUAAAUCGAAAAAUUAAUUUGGAAAAAGCGAUGCGGCUACGGGGUGAUGUUAGAAAGAUUUCCUCCUUGGAUGGACGGUAUCGAAGUCGUCGUCAACUGCAAUUUACGCCUGGGUCAAAUAAAGGUGAUGUCUCGAUGGUCUACUUGCAAAUAACCGCUGCUAAGAGCACGCAAGAUACUAUGAUUCCAACUGGUGAGAACCAGCAAAGUAGAGGAAUUCAACUGGACAUCGAGAAAAUUCCGAUAGAUGCAAAAGACGUGCUUAAAGUAGAGCCUAGAGUUGCAUCAUGGCAAUCAGAUGAAAAUGGUGAAAUGAGGUUAAAACAUGAUGUAUCACUGGAACCGUCUCAGCAGGAACCAAGAGAACGUGGACCAAGUUCAGAAAGAACAAUGGAAGCAAUAGUGUCUGGAACAACGAAAUGUGCGGGUCAUUGCGAACAUGGCGUUCAAAUGACAAGCCGAGACGAAUUCGAAGGAAUAUUAAAACCACCAAUGUUCAAUUGUUUCACAACGUCAACUCAAACAUCAAUUCGAAGGAGAGGUACUAAAUCAACUGCAACAAUAACUGACUUGCAAAUAGAGCCUACACAGCGCAGUGAAUCACCUCUACUACAUCAGGUACCAUCAUUGGAAAAUAUAACCUCAACUUCUAAGACACAACCGCAUGCGGUGGAAACGAGGUCCGGUGGGUUGAGUUUUAUGCAGCCUGGUUCAGACAUCAGAGCACGAGUGAGAGGAAUCAAUAGCAUAUCAGUUAUUGCGGUAUCUACUAUACCUUCGAAUGAUGUUAAAGAUGCCUGGACGAGAACAGAUAUAAUUGAGGAAAUAGUACCUAUGGUACAACAUGAGGAUACCAUUCAAACUCACGCAGCUAGCCCGAUUGAGGCGACUACUAUGCGUAUAACGUUACGGUAUGGUUCGAUCCAGACACAGCCUCCCUUUUUAAAGGAAUAUAUUUUCGAAGAGGUUGGAAAAAUCAAGGAGCCCGUGCAAUUGAUUAAAAAAGAGGGUGCUGUUACUGUUAGAUCAGAACCAUCGAUUGAAAUAAAUCCAAUCCCAAUCAAAUUAAAGUACGGUUCUGUUAUGGUACCCAUCCAAUCGCAUCCGCAUACAGCGGCGGUAAAACCGACAAAAAUCUCAACUGCAUCAGUGACUGAUGUGUUGAUUCGUCCUGAACCGUUUAGCGUUGACAAACUUACUGCAAUUAAAAUAAAAGAUUCGGGCAGUAAAGACACAUUAGAAAAAGCUCGUAAAAAAAUAUCGUCAACGUCCAAAGAUACAAUGCACAAAUUUACAAGUCAUGAUAUUGGCAUCACCACCGAGUGUUUAGCUACAUACGUUGACGCAUGGACAGAAACAGCUGCGAUAGGACACGAUUUAUCUGAAGUGAAGCCUACCCAUGUAAAAGCAAGGUAUGGUUUGGUACAAACUGGACUGGAUUCGAAAUCGGAAUUAAUAACCUCAAAGCAGGUAAAGGAGGCGAUGCCGAUGAUAGAGAAGGAAAGCGCAGUGGUUGUGCGCUCAGCUCCACCAGUG